UUCAAUGAGUACAGUAAUUAGGGAUUUCAAUUUUUGUUUGAGAGAGAGAGAGAGAGAUGGUGACGAAGGAGCAAGUCGAAGCUUCAUUGACUUCGAAACUUAAGCCAAUUCAUCUCGAAGUCAUUGACAUAUCUGGAGGUUGUGGUUCGAGUUUUGAAGUGGAGGUUGUCUCUGAACAAUUCGAAGGGAAGAGAUUGCUGGAGAGGCAUCGUAUGGUGAAUGCUGCGCUAGAAGAAGAAAUGAAAGAGAUUCAUGCUCUCUCUAUUAAGAAAGCUCAGACUCCACAACAAUGGAAGCCACCAUCACAAGACUCUGCAACCUUAACCAAAGAUGCCUGAAUUUCUGUUUUUUAAAAGCCUUGUGACAAAGAACAGAGCAUUUACUAUGUUGAUACUUUGUGGUUACUGUACUCCGAUUACUGCUUUUGAUGAAGUGUAAACACUUUUUUAAAACAUAUGCAAUUGGUUGCAAAAUAUAACAAAAAUUGGGUUUUUCUCAAUUUAGAUGGAGAUUUUUUUGAGAAUUUUACCAUGACACCAUCUUAAAAAAGA